AUGAACACCAUUAAGAUGAAAAUUAACUUUAAACCUUUUUUACAACAAUUAAUCAAAAAUGAAGUUGUGGUUAUGGAUUCGCAGGCAUACGUGCCAUACGUCCCAUAUGCGUCGUACUGGCAGCCGAACCCCCUGCCAUUUUUUGCCACUCCGCUUACAUCGCCGGUGGAGUCAGAUACACCCGAAACAUCGUCGUCGGUGGUAGAUAUUUCGAUGACGCCACCAGCGGUGGUAUUGAGGGAAUCGUCGUGCCAGGCCACGGCCACUGCGCAGGCGUGGACGCAGGCCACCGCGACUGCGCAGGCGUCAUCCCAGGCCACGGAAACGGCAGAGAAGCGGUCUCAGACCAUGCCAACUGCAGAUGCAUCGACUCAGUCUUGUCGGUCCAUGACAACGCAAACAGAAGGCUCGACGGCAUCCUCUGCCCAACUGUCAGCAACGGCAAGUCAGGGAGUUACGGCUGGAGCUGCGGAUACGACGGCACCCUCUGCCCAAAUGACUAAGGCUGCCUCGUCGGCAACGGCGCGUCAAGAAGUAACGGCUGGAGCUACGGGCACGACGUUACCCCCUGCUCAACUGACCAUGGCUGGAUCGCCAAACACGGCAAGUCAGAAAGUUACGGCUAGAGCUACGGGCACGACGUUACCCCCUGCUCAACUGACCAAGGCUAGAUCGCCGACCACGGCAAGUCAGAAAGUUACGGCUAGAGCUGCGGGCUCGACGUUACCCCCUGCUCAACUGACCAAUGCUGGAUCGCCGACCACGGCAAGUCAGAAAGUUACGGCUAGAGCUACGGGCACGACGUUACCCCCUGCUCAACUGACCAAGGCUAGAUCGCCGACCACAGCAAGUCAGAAAGUUACGGCUAGAGCUGCGGGCUCGACGUUACCCCCUGCUCAACUGACCAUGGCUGGAUCGCCGAACACGGCAAGUCAGAAAGUUACGGCUAGAGCUACGGGCACGACGUUACCCCCUGCUCAACUGACCAAGGCUAGAUCGCCGACCACGGCAAGUCAGAAAGUUACGGCUAGAGCUACGGGCACGACGUUACCCCCUGCUCAACUGACCAAGGCUAGAUCGCCGACCACAGCAAGUCAGAAAGUUACGGCUAGAGCUGCGGGCUUGACGUUACCCCCUGCCCAACAGACCAAGGCUGGUCUGCCGACCACGGCACGUCAGAAAGUUACGGCUAGAGCUGCGGGCUCGACGGCACCCCUUGCCCAACAAACCAAGGCUGGUUUGCCGACCACGGCGCGUCAGAAAGUUACGGCUAGAGCUGCGGGCUCGAUGGCACCCCUUGCCCAACAGACCAAGGCUGGUUUGCUGCCGACCACGGCACGACAGAAAGUUACGGCUGGAGCUGCGGGCUCGACGGCACCUCCUGCCCAACUGUUGGCAACGGCAAGUCAGGGAGUUACGGCUGGAGCUGCGGGUACGACGGCACCCUCUGCCCAAAUGACCAAGGCUGCCUCGUCGGCAACGGCGCGUCAGGAAGUUACGGCUGGAGCUGCGGGCACGACGUUACCCCCUGCCCAACAGACCAAGGCUGGAUCGCCGACUACGGUAAAUCAGAAAGUUACGGCUAGAGCUGCGGGCUCGACGGCACCCCUUGCCCAACAGACGAAGGCUGCCACGUCGACCACGGCGCGUCAGGCGAUAACGGCUGAAGCAGGCAUAUAA